UCGCAUUUUGACAGAAAAUGAGCAAUGACGAAUUGCAAUCUGAGUGUUGAAUUUCAGGAUGGAAAAAUCUCAGGAACAAACUCUCCGCACACUUGUUCUUAUCCUUGUUGUUUUCUUUGUUAUCCUUGACUAUGGAACAGCUGAUGAGGACAAGGAACAUGCACAGGACUUGACUUUGCCUAUUCCAGUGCCCAAAGUUGCGAUGAUGACUGAUCAAAGACUUCGACGACGGCAUCGUGAUGUUGGGCAAAACAACCCCCAUAACUGUUACCCUGACGAAUACUACAGUACUUACUACAGGCAAUGCAAAGGUUGUACCCGGUGUUCACCAGGGACUCAACAUGAUCCACAAGAGUUCUGCGGAAACGGCCAAGGCCAGGAAUUGCACUGCAUACCCUGCGAAGAUGGAUACUUUCAACCGAAGGAAGGUAUCACGGUCCGGACCUGUCAACUGUGCUCCAGCUGCGAUCCACAUGCCACCAUCGAAGAACCUUGCUCUCUGCAACAGAACACUGUCUGUGGAAAAUGCCAGAAAGGGUGGUAUUACAAUGAAGCAAAAAUCUGUGUAGAAUGUACAGAAAGAGACAUGAGUGACCCAUCCAACCAAGAAUGUUAUGUCAAACCGAAGACUACUCCAAGACCAAAUCUGCCUGAUCCAGAACCACAAUCUAGUCGUGGACCAAACCUGAAUCCUUCAACCAUAGCUCCUGUUCCUCGCGGAGAAGGACCUCCUCCAAAGUUGUUGCAUAAUCCACAAAAUGAAAAUGCAUUGGGCCGCUUGGAAAUCGGACUUAUCUGUGGAGCUUGCCUUGUUCUGGUUUUUGUUGGUUUCUUGAUUUACUUUGUAUGGAAAUGCAACAAAGAAAAAGAUGUGCCACCAGCUGUUGAAGAACAUGAGAUGAAUGAAAAGGAAAACUUGUACCAUGUUGAGGAUGAGGAAAGCUGUCAACAAAGACCUGGACCUGGUCCCUGUAGACCUGGACCCUCUAGACCAGGUCCCUCUGGUCACAGCCCUGGUGAUGCAGUCGACAAGUCAACAAAGUCUGCGAGGUACACUCUUGUGCCUCCCUCUUCGCAUGAGAAUUCAUCGCAGCCUACACCACGUGGAUCAUCAGCUGGCACUGAUGUAGAUCCCAAUCUUAGCCAAGGUGGAGAACCUACCUUGAACUAUGUCACUGUUGAAGGUGUCCCCCUGAAUGAUCAAGGUGGUCAAGAUGAACCACUCACUGGUCCACGAUCUAUGCCUCGGAGUCUGCAUUCUUUCCAUUCUUGUGGACUUCCUGAAGACCCUGCAAGACCUCAAGACGUCCAAUCUCCUGGUAAGGUGGUUGACCCGAACAGUCAUGUCACAUGCAAUGAGACUGCAACAGGCAGGAACUACGAUGUUGUGCCGGAUGAGAGUGUGCGUUCUGAAAUUGGUUCUCUUUCCUCACAACCUCAACACAACAUCCCCAGGUAACCUCAGAGACGUCUCUAAUCGCUUCCAACUUUUUACUAUGUCCAACUCACAUUUUUAUCCACACCCACUUCACAACUGCCCAAGCUAUGAUAAUGUAAGAGCAUUGGAUGUUUCAAUGUGAACUAGAAAACAAAGAGAAAGAAAUCAUUUCAUGAAGAUCCUACAAUUAGGUCCGACAUACACACAUAUAUUUGCCGUUCUAUCAUCAGGUUUUUUCCACACAAAAAAAUACCUCAAUGUUUUAACUAUUUUAUAAGCUAUUGUUGGUAUUCUGCCAAU